GGUGGCCUGAAGGGCUGUGGGCAACAUGGCGGCGCUGGCGGCUCCCCGCAUGGCCCGGGCUGGGAUAGUUCUUCUGCGGCCCGGUGCCGUGACAGCUGCCCACGCUCAGUUGCUCCAUCAGAUGCCGGCGACUGAUCACACUGACAGCCCCACCCAGGUCCAGCCCAAGAGCUCAGCCGUCGUCCAGAAAAAGCCCUGGGUCCCGACCACCAGGGGAGAGUACGUUGUUGCCAGGCUCGAUGACCUGAUCAACUGGGGACGAAGGAGCUCUUUGUGGCCAAUGACCUUUGGCCUGGCCUGCUGUGCAGUGGAGAUGAUGCAUGUAGCUGCUCCCCGUUACGACAUGGACCGCUUUGGAGUGGUGUUUCGGGCCAGCCCUCGGCAAGCUGACGUCAUGAUUGUGGCCGGCACCCUGACGAACAAAAUGGCUCCUGCUCUAAGGAAGGUGUAUGACCAGAUGCCCGAGCCACGCUACGUGAUCUCCAUGGGAAGCUGUGCCAAUGGCGGUGGUUACUACCAUUACUCCUAUUCUGUCGUGAGGGGUUGUGACCGCAUCGUCCCAGUGGACAUCUACGUUCCAGGUUGCCCGCCCACUGCAGAAGCCUUGCUGUAUGGAAUCCUGCAGCUUCAGAAGAAAAUCAAGCGGGAGAAAAGGGUUCAGCUCUGGUACAGGAAAUAGCCUCUUUUUAUUUAUGACCCAGCUACUCAUGCUACUCUGACAAAGCACCUGUGUUACGCACAUCACAGCUAUAUUCUGCACAAGCUUUGUAAUAAAGUGUUGCCUCUUUAAUUGA